ACUAAUGCAGAUCAUAUACGAGGGCGACAAAGCCACUGAGUUUAGCUUGAGUAAUGGCUGUGUUAUGGCGUUCCAUGGCGGUGUUUCUCUCGCUUCUAAGCAUCGUAGAAGGAUGGUCAUAUUCGAAAAACCGUUGUGGGCCAUGUGUAUGUGAGCUGAACGCGCGGGGAGAAGUUGACUGUACAAGUAAUAACUUAACUGCCAUUCCUGCUGAAAUUCCUCGCAAUGUUACUGCCUUAGAUAUGAGUCACAACAUGAUAAGCGAGCUCUACGACUCCAUGUUUUCAAAGUUUCCCAAUCUGACUAAACUGACUUUGAAUGGAAAUAAACUGGAUCGUGUACACCCUAACGCCUUUAAAGGACUCAAGCACCUCGAGAAACUGUCACUUAAAGAUAACAACUUAAAGAUUUGUCCAGAAUUUGGAGUUCAUCUGAAAUCCUUAAACGACCUAUAUUUAACCGGAAACAAAAUGAAUACCAUUGAUGCUGGGGUUUUCAAAGGCGUUCCGAGAAUUGAGCACCUCUGGCUUGAUAACAACAACCUUACAGAAGUCCCAGCAGAAGCUUUGGAAAGUCUAAAAGAACUUCAGUAUUUGAAUCUCGAGUCAAACAGGAUUCGCAUAAUAAGAAACAGUUCUUUCCAGAUUCAGUCCAAGCUUGAGACGCUUAUAUGUUUUCGUAAUGAAAUAAGUGAGAUCGAAGACGACGGAUUCAAAGGGCUGGACUCUUUGGAGUAUUUACACUUGUCAAAUAACAACCUCAGCCAAGUACCUGUUUCUCUCAAAGAUGUCAAGGACCUUAAUUCCAAUCCGAUCGAGAAAAUUCCCGACGAUGCUUUUAAAGGACUUAUUAAACUGCAGACGCUACAUUUCACUUGGGAGAAACUGAACUCUAUUGGUCACAAUGCUUUUGCCAACUUACCAAAACUGGAAACCCGACUGAGACUGGUUGGUUUAAAUUUGGACAUGUUUCCAAACCUGACGGGAACGUCUUCUCUCCAGUACCUGACUCUGACUUUUAACGAAAUUAAAGAGUUACCUCGGAAUCUUUGCCUGAAUCUUAAGGAAUUGGUGGAACUAACUCUAGAUUUCAACCAAAUUGGGCAUUUACCGGACCUCUCCGAAUGUAAAUCGCUGUCUGUUCUAAAAAUUGAGCACAACGAGAUCACAUCGAUAGAGAGGGUUUUGCAAAAUCUGGAAAAUCUUAAGGACUUGACUCUAAAGGGAAACAAAAUCCAAAGCCUUCCGAGUCGGACGUUUGAAGGAGUCAAGAAUCUGGAAGUUCUGAAUCUUGCGAAAAAUGAAAUCACCCACAUUUCUGAAGACGCGUUUCCAAAAUUAAAUAUGAUCAAAGUCUUAAAAAUUGAAGAAAACAAGAUCACGUCCAUCGAAACGUCCUUUCAAAAUCUGGGAAGUCUUAUGGAUUUAACCCUACAAGCAAACAAAAUCCAGGGAAUACCGAGUCAGACGUUUACAGGAGUGAAGAAACUGGAAACUCUAAAUCUUUCGGAAAAUGAAAUCAGGUACAUUGCUGACGACGCAUUUGCACCAUUUGAGAUGAUAAAAUUCUUGGAUCUGAGCAACAACUAUUUUCCAGUGCUUCCUGCUGAAGGGCUGGGAACGCUUGAAACCCUCAAGGUGCGAGGCAACAGAGAGCUAAAGGGGUUACCUGCGGCAAAACUCCUCAAAAUUCGAACUGUGGAAGCACACUACCCUUAUCACUGUUGUGACUUCAGGAAACAACGUAAAAAGAAAGAAAGUACAAUCAAGACAGAUGAGCCGAAAACAAGCGAGUUCAAGAACUCUUGGACCUGGGCUGAAGGUGAAGAAAUUACUUUUCUCAGAAAUAGCCACGAGGGUAACUCAACUUUUAUCUCAAGCACAGGCAGUGAGGACAUGUCAGGCUUUGGUUCUGGAAGCGUAGACCCAGUCAUGGACUUCGACGGCAGCUCGGAAAUUCCCCCACCAGUCGGUUCGGGUCAGGUUAGCAAUGUUGGCCAUAUAGAUGAUAUUUCCAUCGACGAAGAUGGUGACCGCCAAGUUACGUGCACCCCUGAACCUGCUGACCCUUUCUUCCCGUGUGAUGAUCUCAUGGACUCCUCGCUCCUCCGGAUCGGCGUGUGGAUCGUGUUCUUGCUUGCGUUGCUUGGCAACGCCAUAGUUAUCUUUGUGACCAUUACACGCAGCUCACGAAUCGACGUAUCUCGAUUUCUGAUCUGUAAUCUAGCCGUAGCGGAUUUGUGCAUGGGCGUAUAUCUCGGGCUCUUAGCAGUUGUCGAUGCUUCGACCCUCGGAAACUUUCGGAGCUAUGGUGUCGAGUGGCAAUUGAGCCCAGGGUGUAGAACAGCGGGGUUUCUCGCUGUAUUGUCAAGCGAAACAUCAGUUUUCACUCUGACUGUAAUCACUGUUGAACGCUAUAUUGCUAUCACGCAUGCGUUAGACAUCACUAAAAAGAUGAGCUUAAAAAAGACGUACCUUGUGAUGCUUGUCGGCUGGUGUAUCGCUCUCACAAUUGCAACACUGCCGUUAUUCGAUGUCAGUGACUAUACCAAGUUUAGCGUUUGUCUGCCGUUUGAGACUGGAAAUACGAAAUCAUUGGUAUACGUCACAUCAGUGCUCAUACUCAAUGGGUCGGCGUUCAUCGUCAUAUUAACUUGCUACUGUAGAAUUUACAGCGCCAUCCGUGGCUCUAACGCCUGGAACACAAAUGACUCAAGAACUGCACUACGAAUGGCAAUUCUCAUAUUUACAGACUUUUCGUGCUGGGCACCCAUAACUGUCUUCUCGCUCGCUGCAGCGUUUGGUGGAGAGUUUGUCAGCCUAAAAGAUGCAAAAAUAUUCACAGUUUUCGUGUUUCCUUUGAACAGUUGCGCUAACCCUUUCCUAUACGCUAUCUUCACUGCACAGUUUAAGAGGGACUGUAUUUCGUUGUGUCGAAGAGUGAAAAGUUCUCAGAUUCCUAAAAUAACAAGUUCGAGGCGAAAAUACUCAUAUUCAAGUGGUGAAAUGAGGCGGAAUUCACAAGUCAGCUCAUCGAACGGACUGGAGGGUAUGAUAGCAAAACUGCGCCCGCGUGAGCAGCGGCGGAAUUCUCUCCCGCCAUCCAUGAGGUUAAUGGUUAGCAGACCCACAAAUAGCAAGAGUUCAGAGACUGUGAAAAAGGAGGUCAUUGUUGAAAAAGUAACGGUUCUAUAAAUACAUCACAUUACAUGGUUCUCCGAGCUGGGUAAGCGCUAUGGCGUUUCACUCUAGUGGAGACGUUUUUUAACCGAAUUCUGUUUUGUAUCAUGUCUUCUCCAACUGCGUGUUGUGUAAUCUACUAAUGCUGUAUAAAUUGUAUCAUACAAUUAGUUUAUUAGGUCAGAGCUAAUAUAUCUAUUUGAAUAAGAGGAUGUUGCAUCAAUCAAAUGAAUUCUAACAUUUAAAAAAUAUUACAGUUUUGUUUAUUGGGUCCAAGGUACGAAUAUCACGGUAGCCAAUUGCCUGUGUUUCAAACACAAUGGAUUUGCUUAUAAAUUCCCUUUUUCUGUUGGAUAAACUUGCUCGAGGCUCAGCCAAUUUCAGUUUACGUAUAUAAUCACACUGUGUGACAUUGUGAUAAAAUAAUUUAAGCUGACAUUCAAUUAACAUAAUGCAAAGCAACGUAUAAAACUAAGUAAGACGUUGGCAGUACAUUUCAUUGGUACUUACAAAAGAUAGAUAUGGUGUUUAUCUUAUUGGAUAAUCAUCGCAGAUACUACGCGCGUUCCAAUAGGUCAAAAACUCGCUGUUUAUAGUACCGAUAAACUCAAUGAAAGCAAUAGCGCGCUAUCUAUCGGUUCUUUGACGUAAUAACCCUUGUGGGAAUUGGUAAAUCUCGAAAAAUUUGGCAAAUCACGCGUGGGUUUUAAUGCAGUUAAACCAAUAGAAAGUGCGGGCUAUUGCUAAAUUAAACGAAUAUCGGGAUAACCCAAUAGUUAAAAGAAACAGCCGUAUAGUUUUUAUAAUUCUAAUCGUAUGAAUUUCCCUGUUAUACUGUUUGUUAUUCUCAGAUAUGGGAUCAGUUUUUCUGUCAAAAUUCAGGCUUAAGUAAAUAAUGCAACUUCAUGUAGAAGGGUACUAACGACUUUUUUGAGCAUUACACCGCGGGAAAAAAUUGUGCGCUGAGUUGAGGUUGCAAUUUGUCCUGACUUUGGCAAAUAACUGAGGAAAAGUGAGAACUGUAACUUUCAAAAUUCCUGAGAAACUGAUAUUUCUCUCCAGAUCCAAAAAGGAAUAGAAAUCUUGAGACUUUAAAAUACAGACGGGCCAAUUUACGCGCAAUUUGAUCUCCACUCUAUAGUGUAACGUUAAGGAAGGGAUGGGCACUGUUUGAUCCUACAAUUUUGAAAAAAAAAAUUACAAUUUGUAGAUUACUGUAUCUUUGACACACUUCGCAUGUAUUUAUUGCUCAAUUUAAAGCGGUUAAUCAAAAGAUUAUGCAUUUGCUGUAAAAAGCAACAUUAUUUACAAUCUUUUAAAUUUUACUUUUCCAGUCACGAAAAACAAACCAGAAAGAGUUUGUUAAACAAUAUCGUCUAAAUUACAUGAUAUUUUGUAAUUAUUCAUUAGGAACUAUAGAUAGUCAGAAUAUUCAGAGAUACUCAAUGGAAAGAUGUGGGAAUUAGCAAAGAACUCGGGCCACGUGAGGUAAUUUGUAACGGUGUGAAAGUAGAGAUGGUUGUAAUCUCAAAUACAAAUACAAUAAUAUUUCACUGUAGAUUUUUUCCUGACCCUUAUUUCGUCGAUACAAUAACCUUCCAGAAGCUCUUAAUUAUGUGAUUAUGUAACUUCUUACGUAUUCUGUAUAUGUAAUUGUAAAUAGAUAAAUAAAACAUAUUUAUCUCUCUGAA